UUUAUCAGUUGUAAUGCGUUGUUUAAACAUGACUAACCUCCAGUUGGAAGUGUUGUUAUUAUUAACGUUUUCCUGUUGUGGUUUGUUAGCAGGAGAUACUCCUAUCAUAGGAGUCUUAUCGCAAGGAAUUUAUUACAACCAAAAAUUAGAUCCAAAAUAUCACAGUUACAUAGCAGCUAGUUAUGUGAAAUAUUUAGAAAGUGCCGGGGCAAGAGUUGUUCCUGUUUUCAUCGAAAAACCUCUUAGUUACUACGAAAAAGUCAUUAAAUACACAAACGGAAUUUUAUUACCCGGUGGAGCCGUUACUUUUAGCUCAACCGACGGUUACACCUCCGCCGGACAAAUCAUUUACGACUUAGCCAUCGAAUUGAACAAUAAAGGAGAUUAUUACCCCAUUUGGGGAACGUGCUUAGGAAUGGAAUUGCUUCCUUACGUCGCCUCAAAAGGAAAAGACUUCCUCUCGAAGUGUUCAGCAAAGAAAAUAGCCCAACCACUUCAUUUUACCGCCAAUUUCAAAUCGAGCAAGAUCUUUUCCCGAGCUCCCGAUGAAAUCGUAACUAUUUUAAAGCUCAAAAACGUUACUUAUAACAACCACGAGCGAUGUUACACCGAGGAGUCGUUUAAACUUAAUAAAAUGGACGAUUUUAUUGUUUUAUCCACAAAUGAAGAUUCAAAUGGAUUUAAAUUUAUUUCGAGUUUUGAAUCGAAAAAGUAUCCUUUUUACGGGGUACAAUUUCACCCGGAAAAGAAUAAUUUCGAGUUUAAAAUUGGGAAUAAUGUGCCUCAUAGCUCGGAAGCCAUAAAAAUGUCUCAAUAUUUCGCGAAUUUUUUUGUUGAGGAAAGUAAAAGAAAUAAUCAUUCUUAUCCCGAUUGGGAGAGCGAAAUGGGAGCUUUAAUUUAUAAUUUUUCACCGCAAUUUACUGGAUUGAACCACAGCGAUUUCUUACAGAUGUAUUUAUUUGAAAGAGAUGAAUAUGGCUCAAAUGAAAUUUUUUAAAUGGGAUUUGUAAUCAGGUACAAGUACAUUUUAGUUAUAAAUUUUGUUAAGUAUGCAGUUAAAUAAACGAUUGCCCAAAAUAUAAUUAUUACAAACU